AUAACCUCUUUUUGUAAACUAAAGAAGAGGGCGCGAGGGAAGGGCGGGGGAGGGGAAUCCGAGGCGUCUCUCUCUCCUUUUUUAAAUCCCUUAGUCAGAGGCAGUGUGCAAGUUAAAACUACCUUUAGGAGAAAAUCCAGCCUUCCGUACACCUGCCUCACUGACAAAAAGAGCCCGAACCCAGUUGCCGUCCUCAGGCGUGGUGGCGGUGGCAGGCAGGGGCCGGCGGUGCCCGUGUGCGUAUACUGAGGCGGGUCAGGCACAGUCGGGCGCAGCCACGGCAGCCGGCUUACGGGACGGACGGCCGCGAAAGCGGGCCGGGCUUGUUUCUCGGCGGCAGAAGACGACCGGCUGCAGGGGAUCAUCUUGCUGCUCUGGCGGCGUUUCCGUGUGGUGAAGGGGCUGGCUGGGUGGGGAAGACGGAGGCAGGCUGCAGAUAGCUGCACAGGGCUUUAUUUACGUACAAAAAUAGCUGUGUGCGGAGUUUCUUCUGCAGCCUCGGUGGCGGUGGGUUCUGCGAGCUGCUGGGUGAAUCUCGAGGUGGAGCUCUUCCGAGCUCGGGGGGGAGAGCAGAGCCGAAGCAGGGCAUGAGUUUUAGUGCAAAAAGUGGCGCUCUGCUGAGCUCCCGGGCACCGAGAUACUGGUGGCGACGGCGGCAGCCCUCUUGCGCCGCAGAGGGUCCGUCCUGGUCGUGCUUCGGUGGCAGCCGGCCGCGGCCCAUCCUGGACAUGUCCUACUCCCGUCACUUUCUGGAUUUCCAGGGCUCAUCCAUCCCCAGCUCCAUGAAGAAGCUGGUAGUGACUAAGCUGAGCCAAAACUUCAGAGAAGCUGUUACCCUGCAGCAGGACUCGCCCGUGCCACUCCCGGGAGACGGAGACCUUCUUGUCAGGAACAGAUUUGUCGGCAUUAAUGCAUCUGACAUAAACUACUCAGCUGGUCGAUAUGACUCGUCAGUUAAACCCCCAUUUGAUACAGGUUUCGAAGGUAUCGGUGAUGUGGUAGCUUUAGGCCUCAGUGCUAGUGCUCAUUAUACAGUGGGUCAAGCUGUGGCCUACGUGAAAGCAGGUUCCUUUGCUGAAUACACAGUUGUGCCUGCCAAGCACGCAGUUCCUCUACCCUCUGUGAAACCCGAGUUUCUUACUUUAAUGGUAAGUGGCGCUACUGCGUAUAUCAGUUUGAAAGAGUUGGGAGAGCUGUCUGAAGGCAAGAAGGUUUUGGUGACAGCAGCGGCUGGAGGAACGGGACAGUUUGCUGUGCAGCUUGCAAAGAAGGCAAAAUGCCAUGUAAUUGGAACCUGCUCCAGUGAUGAAAAGGGUGGUUUUCUGAAAUCCAUUGGCUGUGACUGUACUAUCAACUACAAAACUGAAAGUGUUGAAUCUGUUCUUAGGAAGGACUACCCUGAAGGUGUCGAUGUAGUGUAUGAAUCUGUUGGGGGCAAGAUGUUUGACUUGGCUCUUAAUUCCUUGGCUACCAAAGGGCGCCUGAUAAUUAUUGGGUUUAUCACUGGCUACCAAAGCCCUACUGGCCUUUCGCCCAUUAAAGCAGAGCUAUUGCCAGCAAAACUCUUGAAGAAGUCUGCCAGCAUCCGAGGUUUCUUCUUGAACCAUUACUUGUCUGAAUAUCAAAUGGCUCUGAAGCACUUGCUAGAGAUGUAUGAAAAGGGAGACCUGGUUUGUGAGGUGGACUUUGGAGACAUGUCUCCAGAGGGCAAGUUCAUUGGCUUGGAGUCUGUAUUCCGUGCUGUAGAUUACAUGUACAUGGGAAAAAACAUUGGAAAAAUUGUAGUUGAAUUACCUCACUCUGUCAACAGUAAGCUGUAAAAACAGAACAAUGAUAUAAAUCAGAAGAGAAAAUGGGCACUUUAUGCUGCAGAAUUACUAGAAACAAUUACAUUUUUCAAUCUUAGUAACAAAUAUUAAAAAACAAUGUUAAGGUGUUGAUAAGUUUUGUGUUUUAUUUUAUUUCUUUUCUUAAAACUGUUUAAUUUGGUGGCUGUAGCACAGACUUACUGGUCCUGUGUUUGAUGCUGUUGCUUAGGCUGGCACGAGACAAGAGCAUUGGUCUUGACAGAAUAAGUCUCGAUGCAGAGGCAAAUUUAGUCUGUCAGACUGGCUUGAUAAUAAUUUAUAUAUAGUUCAGAUCUGAAAAAAACCAUAUUUCAGCAAUUUUGAUUCCCUGAUUUUAGAAUAAGUAAAGAGUUGUAUCUUAUGUUUUCUCUAGAAAUCACUUGAAGUUUUAAGAAAAAAAUAUGCUCUUUACUACCUAUUUUUUGGUCAUAAACAUGAUAAUCAUAAUUCAGUUGCAUCAUGGAUCAUAGUAAUAUUCUCUGAGUGGUUACAUAGGGAAAUUCAUCCUUCAAUUCUGACAUGUCAGUAACAUGAAGAAAACAUGGCUUUGUUACAGUUGUCCUUUGUAAACGUAAACAGCUUUGCAAUUUUCAUUGAAAUCUUUAACUAUGAGUUGCAACAUCAUCUCAUUUUCUUACUUUUUCAGGUGCUUACAGUCUAGUCUCCCUUUUAGUCAAUAUUUAGUCAAUUUUAGUCGAUAUUAUAAGAUUAUUGGAGGGAAGUUUUGAGCCAUGUUCACAUGUGUUCAAGUCCCAUAUAUUUUUUUAAGGAUUUAAUAAAGUUGAAAAAGCUAUGUAAAUACUUCUGGCAUUCAUAUUGAUACAGUUCUUGCAGGCUAGCUUCUUUGUAGAUAGUCUCUGUGUUGUAGAGUUCUUUGACUGGUGAUUCCUGAUGUGCCUUUCCAUAGUCAGGCUGCCCCUUCUACUUUACCAAACCUUUCUUCUGCAGAAGCCCUUUUACAAGCAGCAAGACCAUUUUAAAUCUACAGGCACAGCACCUUAUACGUGUGCUGCUGAUUAGUCAUACAUUAUCUAGUGGGGAGAGUUUUGUAAAGUUCUGAAAAUUCUUUCUCAC